UAAAGCUGGCUCCUUUCCAAAUCUCUAUUCCGCCUUACCAAGAAAUCGACACGAAACCGCUCUCGGCAUAAGCAUAACCACAUGUUAAGAACUCGAACUUCAUUUCCAUCUCCCAACUUAUCUUCUUUCAAUUCAUCUUCCCGAUUAGGUUUAAAAAGUUUCUCUUCUUCUCCGGAUUUUGCUUCCACCGAUUCUUCACUGGUUCGUAACUUCGUACAAGGCAGCCACAAAGUUAAGAAUUAGGGGAAUUGCUGGGGAUGAAGUAGGGGAAUAGUGGCUCAACUUGGCUGGAGUAAUUAACAAGAACGAAGAUGGCUGCAUUUAUUCAAGCAAAUAUCUGCCCUACGACUAUUUCAACAUUGGAUAGAAACUUAAAAAGUGAAAAUGGGCAUAAACUGCGAUCCAGGUCUCAAGUUGUGCUUCCAUCUCAAGAAGUUUGUAGACGUCACUUAAUGUGUAGUGGCAUGUCAUUGGUUGUGUUUCUCACAUGUAACAAUGGAUUGACACCAUCUUCAGCCCGGGCCGAAGAAACUCCAAAUGACGAGGAAGAGGAUAAUGGAGUUAUCGGGACGAUCAAAUCAAUAUUUGAUCCAAAUGAGAAAACCAAAUCAGGGAAAGUAUUGCCAAAGGCUUACCUGAAGUCUGCAAGGGAGGUGGUGAAGACGCUGCGUGAGUCAUUACAGGAAGACCCUAAGGACGGUGCUAAAUUUAGACGAACUGCAGAUGCUGCAAAAGAAUCCAUUCGAGACUAUUUAAGCAAUUGGUUGGGACAACGAACAGUUGUUCGAGAGGAAUCUUACGUUGUGCUAGAGAAAGCAAUAAAGUCAUUGGCAGGCUUUUACGCAAAGGCUGGGCCAUCUGCGCCACUGCCAGAAGCUGUUAAAUCUGAUAUACUUGAUGAUUUGGAUAAGGCUGAAGAAUUCUUGUAACUGAUGAGCAUUUGAGGUCUAGAUGAAUAUUUUUGUUAACAUAACAUUUCACAUCUUAGAUUUGUGAGGUAUGCAGCUACUUUUGUUGCUAUUCCUCACCUUAUUGAUCAUACAGGAGAAUUUAUGUUCAAUGGAUUGAAAAAGGAAAAAUCGAAACUGAGCAUACAUGGCUGCUCUUGUUUCUAGCUUCACUAGUAUAUCGGCUUUUGAACUACAAUUAAAUCUACCAAUUUUUGUAAUAGAAGUA